AUAGGUCGCUUUGCCGCUUCAAGUGUGUGUCCAAGCCGUGGCUUGCCCUCUGUUCCUCCCAGGACAUCCGCAAGAGGUCGCCAUAGACCCUUUUUGGCUUCUUCUACUACCAAGCCAAUGACCUCAAAUUUCGUAAUUUGUCUGGGAGAGGUCUGACUCUGGUUGACCCUUCUCUCCCUUUCUUACGUGAGAGAUACAAACGCAUUUAUGUUCAACAGUUCUGCGCCGGCCUUCUCCUCUGCAUAUGCUUCAAUUGGACAUAAAACGGAUGUUGUCGUGUGCAAUCCUGCUACCCAGGAGUGGACUGUUCUUCCUCCUAUUGUAUUGUCGACUCAAGAGUCCAGCACAUUAUUAGUGGACUCCGCACCAAUAUGCUUAGGUUUUGACGCAGCUUGUCCAUCUCGUUUUGUGGUGUUUGUGCCCAUGGCAUAUUGUGGGAUUGAUUCUGGAAAAGUGGGGAUAUAUUCAUCACAAAGUGGAGAGUGGACUUACGUGCAUAAUAAGGGGGCCUCCGGAGUUAGUCUUAUUGAUCAGAGUAGGCGCACACGUGUCUUCCUAAAUGGUAUUAUUCAUUUGAGUACCCUUCAUGGAUCAAUACUCACGGUUGAUAGUGAGGGGAAAGUUUGGAGGGAGAUUAAAUUGCCAGAUGACUCGCUAUGCUGCAUUGAUAUUGUUUGCCUUGGGCAGUCUCAGGGACUCCUGUAUGCAUGGCAGAUAGAUCAUCAUCAUGAUUGCCAACUCUCUAUUUGGGUUAUUGAGAACUAUGGUACUGGAAAGUGGACCCUAAAGCAUUCCGUUAACGUUUUGGAACUGUUUGGAAGGUGUUGCCGCAGAGAUGGUGAUUCUUAUGUGAUGUUUGCAGUUCAUGCAGAUUGUAAUGUGAUUUUCCUUACCGACAUGGAGAAGAUGACAUUGUCGUACAAUUUGGAUAAUCAUGAACUUGAUGUUAUCUGCACUGAAUCCAUGUUUGGUCUACCUUAUAUUCCUUGUUUUGCGGAAUUGCCGUCAGCUGGUCAUUGAAAGUCGGUGCAGCAUCAAGCA